AUGCCUCUAGUGAGGGCUCGAAAAACACUGGCGCACAGGACCGUGCCGUCUUCCCCGCCGGUUCGACCGAUCACUGCCGUUGCCCCGGGUCACAAGAGGGGUCGAGAGGCGCCAAGUACCGAGGCCUCAACGGUCGAGGCCGCACCGGCCCAGAGUGCCGUGGCUGAGACGGCAGCCUUGAAGAGGCCGAGAAGAAGGACCCUCUUUGCUUUCUCGGAGGGCGGAGGUGAGGGAGAAGUCCCCCCUAUGGUUGUGAGUGAAGCUCCCCCCGUGACCGAUGAAGUGGUGGUCGAGGAGGAAGCAACGGCCGAGAUGCCGGUCGAGGAAAUAGCUACUACCGAGAUGGUAGUCGAAGAGGAGGCCGCGGGCGAGAUGGCGAUUGAGGAGGCGGCCGCUGAUGAGGUGGUUGAAAUGCUGGACGCUGAGACUGCGUCUGUAGAAGUGCCACCUGUUAAAGGGAUUGCCGACGAGGCCACCGAAGAGGCUACCGCCGAGGCGACCAAAGAGGCUGCCGACGAGGGCGCCGAGGAGGCCAUCGAAGAGGCCGCUGAGGAAGCUGCCGAAGAGGCCGCCGAGAAGGUUGCCGAAGAGGCCGCUGCCAACGUGCCUGUUGAGUCGUCGCCGUCCAUCCCUCAUCGUCCAAGCGGCAUUGUCUUCCGUUCGAAUUUCGCACUAUGUGUUGCGUAG